GCGGCGCCCCGGGCGAGGUGCGGGGUUUGGCGGGGGACCCAGGCUGGCCGGACCGGGCUGCGCUGUGUCCCUACUGACUCCACUUGUUCACGGCCGGGUCCCCUCCACCCCCCCAGCCCACCGAGAUGGAGGCCGCCGCUGAGUUCGUGGUGGAAAGCCCAGACGUGGUGUAUCGCCCGGAGGCUAUCGAGGCGCAGUACGAGUACCGGACCACUCGCGUCAGCCGCGAGGGCGGUGUCCUGAAGGUGCAGCCCACGUCCACGCGUUUCACCUUCCGGACCGCCCGGCAGGUGCCUAAGCUCGGGGUCAUGCUCGUCGGCUGGGGCGGGAACAACGGCUCCACGCUCACCGCCGCCGUGCUGGCCAACCGAUUGGGCCUGUCGUGGCCCGAGGCCAACUACUAUGGGUCUCUGACUCAGGCGAGCACUGUGAACCUGGGCAUGGACGCUGAUGGCCGGGAGGUGUUCGUGCCCUUCAACUCGCUGCUGCCCAUGGUGGCAGCCAACGACCUGGUGUUUGAUGGCUGGGACAUCUCGUCGCUGAACUUGGCCCAGGCGAUGAGGCGCGCGCAGGUCCUGGAUUGGGGACUUCAGGAACAAUUGUGGUCUCACAUGGAGACCAUGCGCCCUCGGCCUUCUGUCUACAUGCCCGAGUUCAUCGCGGCCAACCAGAACACACGCGCGGACAACCUCAUCCCGGGCACGCGCGCCCAGCAGCUAGAGCAGAUCCGUAAAGACAUCCGCGACUUCCGGUCUAGCGCAGGGCUGGACAAGGUCAUCGUGCUGUGGACGGCGAACACCGAGCGCUUCUGCGAUGUAGUCUCGGGUCGCAACGACACGGCUGAGAAUCUCCUACGCACCAUCCGGCUUGGUCUGGAAGUGUCGCCGUCUACACUCUUUGCCGUGGCCAGCAUCCUGGAGGGCUGCGCCUUCCUCAAUGGGUCCCCGCAGAACACGCUGGUGCCCGGCGCACUGGAGCUCGCUGCGAAGCACCGCGUUUUCGUGGGUGGGGAUGACUUCAAGUCAGGCCAGACUAAGGUCAAGUCUGUCCUGGUGGACUUCCUCAUUAGCUCUGGCCUCAAGACCGUGUCUAUUGUGAGUUACAACCACUUGGGCAACAAUGAUGGGCAGAACCUAUCGGCGCCACAGCAGUUCCGAUCUAAGGAGGUGUCGAAGAGCAGCGUGGUGGACGACAUGGUCCAGAGCAACCCCGUGCUCUACAAGCCGGGCGAGGAGCCCGACCACUGCGUGGUCAUCAAAUAUGUCCCGUACGUGGGUGACAGCAAGCGAGCGCUGGAUGAGUAUACGUCGGAGCUGAUGCUGGGUGGGACCAACACGCUGGUGCUGCACAACACGUGCGAGGACUCGCUUUUAGCCACGCCCAUCAUGCUGGACCUGGUGCUGUUGACCGAGCUGUGCCAGCGCGUGACUUUCUGCACUGACACCGACCCCGAGCCUCAGAGCUUCCACUCGGUGUUGUCCCUGCUCUCCUUCCUCUUCAAGGCCCCGCUGGCGCCUCCAGGCAGCCCGGUGAUCAAUGCGCUCUACCGCCAGCGCAGCUGCUUUGAGAACAUCCUCAGGGCCUGUGUGGGGCUCCCACCGCAGAACCACAUGCUCCUGGAGCACAAAAUGGAGCGCCCAGGCCCAGGCCUCAAGCGAGUGGGCCCUGUGUCGGCUCCCUGCCCCGUGCCCUGCAAGAAAGGACAGGCACCCGUUGCCCCCAACUGCUGCACCGGCGAUGCCAACGGACACCCGCAGGCGAAGGCAUCCUAGAUGCCCACUUUCUGAGUCGGAGGUCACUCAGCUUCCGGACCUCCUCCACCCCCCAGGUGUCACUCCUUGUGAUCUAACCUUUCCAGACCUCCCUCCCCGUGCAUCAAAUAAAGCUCAUGCCCCUAUCAGCCAAA